AUGCGUGCUCUCGUCUUACUCCUUCUCACCCUGGCCACAGCCAGGGCCUUCCACUUCCCCGGCCGCACCCAUCACGUAACAGCAGAAAAAGAAAAAGAAGAAACCAACAACAAAAACCAGCUUACCGUUACCGGCCUAGAAAGACGUAUGCACGACCUCCUCGAGAAACGGAACCACUCUCCGCAUCACAAGGCCGAGCCCGCAGCCGACAGGCUAGAAUGGCAGGUCCAGGACCUUACGCGGACCUCCGAAUCAACAAACACAACAACCUGGACCUUCUCCCUCCUUCUCAACGCCGCCUCCUCCAACACCGACCCCAGCACCCAAACCACCGUCUCCUGCUCGCUCACCGUGCCCCUGAUCCAGCCCGCCGCUCCCAGCGGCAACAGCGCCGACCGUAUCGGCAGUUUUUACGGUGUGCCCUGCGGUACGAAUGGGGGGAGUCUGUUGGGGAGGAUUAGUGGGGGGGGGAGUCGGUUUGGUGGUUCUGGUGAGAGUGGGAAAGUGAGUGGGAGGAGGACGGGAAAUGGGAUUGAGGAGGGGGUUGGGUUUGAGGCGUCGUUGGGGUAUAAUCAGGAUGCGGAUAGUGCGGUUAUGACGGUUUGCUAUACGCCCAACGGUACAGACGCCUGGUUCGGAUUCGAAAAGGUCUCGCAGAACAAGCAGCUCGGCAACUCGAGACCGGAGCCGGUUUAUUAUACGGGAUGUGCUUAG